AUGUCUCUGCCCAAAGACUUUCUGUGGGGCUUUGCAACUGCAUCAUACCAGGUCGAAGGUGCCGUCGACAAGGACGGCCGCGGACCUUCAACAUGGGACGCAUUCUGCGCCCAGCCUGGCAAGGUUGCCGACGGCUCCGACGGCUCAGUGGCGUGCGACUCGUACAACCGCACCAAGGAGGAUAUCGACCUCCUCAAGUCUGUCGGUGCCAAGUGCUACCGCUUCUCGAUAUCUUGGUCCCGCAUCAUCCCGCUCGGCGGCCGCAACGACCCGGUGAACCAAAAGGGCAUCGACCACUACGUCAAGUUCACCGACGACCUGAUUGAGGCCGGCAUAGAACCCUUCAUCACCCUCUUCCACUGGGACUUGCCGCUCGGCCUGUACGAGAGGUACGGCGGGAUCCUGAGCAAGGAAGAGUUCCCGCUCGACUACGAGAACUACGCCCGCAUCCUGUUCAAGGCCAUCCCCAAGUGCAAGCACUGGAUCACCUUCAACGAGCCCUGGUGCUCGUCCAUCCUGGGCUACAAUACCGGCCUCCACGCCCCAGGCCACACCUCGGACAGGAGCAGGUCUCCCGUCGGCGACAGCGCUCGGGACUGCUGGAUCGCCGGCCACAACCUCCUGCUCGCCCACGGGCGGGCUGUCAAGGCAUACCGCGAGGAGUUCAAGCCCACCCAGGGCGGCGAGAUCGGCAUCACCCUCAACGGCGACGCGACCUUCCCCUGGGACCCGGAGGACCCGGAGGAUGUCGAGGCGGCGAACCGCAAGAUCGAGUUUGCCAUCUCGUGGUUUGCCGACCCCAUCUACCACGGCGACUACCCGGCCUCGAUGCGCAAGCAGCUCGGCGACCGCCUGCCCAGCUGGACGCCCGAGGAGAUCGCGCUCGUCCAGGGCUCCAACGACUUCUACGGCAUGAACCACUACACGGCCAACUACGUCCGCCACAAGAAGGGCGUGACGCCGCCGCCCGAGGACUUUGUCGGCAACCUGGACACGGGCUUCGUGUCCAAGAGCGGCGACGUCAUCGGGCCCGAGACGCAGUCGGCCUGGCUGCGCCCUUGCCCGCGCGGCUUCCGCGACCUGCUCGUCUGGCUCAGCCGGCGGUACGGCGGGCCCAAGAUCUACGUGACGGAGAACGGCACGUCGGUCAAGGGCGAGAACGACAUGCCGGUCGGGCGGAUCGUCGAGGACGACUUCCGCGUGCGGUACUUUGACGGGUACGUGCGGGCCAUGGCCGAGGCGUGCGCGCAGGACGGCGUCGACGUGCGCGGCUACAUGGGCUGGUCGCUGCUCGACAACUUUGAGUGGGCCGAGGGCUACGAGACGCGGUUCGGCGUCACCUACGUCGACUACGCCAACGACCAGAAGCGGUACCCCAAGAAGAGCGCCAGGGCGAUGAAGCCGUUGUUUGACAGCUUGAUCAAGCAGGACUAG